AUGACAUACGAAUGCGGAGAUGCUCUCGGUAUUUUGCCGCAUCAUCCUAGUGAUUUGGUCCAUCGGAUUAUGGACCGAGUACGAGAUCCCGAUGCCUUAGUGCCAUUACCGCGCUCCGGAGAAUUGGUCCCUCUACACCAGGCUUUGACUCAGCACUAUGCUCUCCAUCCGGUCUCGGUGAGGUUUCUUCAGGCGGUCCAGGAAAAGCUUCCCGAAAAUUCUUCCGACCGCUCUCAACUCGAGGCGAUCAUGACCGACCCCAAGAUUCGUAGGACAUACGUUGUCGAGCGUGAUUACGUAGAUAUACUCUCCCAGUAUCCCCGCAUAUCCUGGUUUGCCGAAGAAGUUACCCAAACGAUGCGGACUCUUCUCCCCCGACUAUACUCCAUGGCCUCGUCACCGUCCGUCUACCCAGCAGAGGUACACCUUACCGUAGCCACGGUACGCAGUCAUAUCCGAAACCGCAUGCGGGGAGGAGUUGCGUCUACGUACCUUGCCGACCGACUGCCUUUAAACCAACCGAUCCUCCCGGUGUACGUCAAAGCAUCUAAUUUCCGGUUGCCGUCCGAUCCAUCAACCGACACGAUUAUGGUGGGACCGGGAACCGGCAUUGCCCCAUUUCGAGGUUUCCUCCAAGAACGACUUCAUACUGGUGCCACCGGACGUAACUGGCUCUUCUUUGGUGAGCGGCGACGACAAUACGAAUAUCUGUAUGAAGACGAGCUCGCCAGCAUGACACGAUGGGGGAUACUAACCCACCUCGACCUUGCGUUUUCACGCGAUCAAAACGAAAAACAGUAUGUACAGCAUCUUAUAGAAAAACACGGGAAUACUAUUUGGAAAUGGAUUGACAAAGGGGCCCAUUUUUACGUUUGUGGAGAUGCGGCUCAUAUGGCCCGCGAUGUAGAUAACACGCUCGUAAAUAUCGUGGAGAAGCACGGCAACAAAAAAACCGAUGCGGCCCGUGAAUACGUCCGCGCUAUGCGUAAAAACAAACAAUACCAACGUGAUGUGUAUUAG